AUGGGAAAACCCAGCCUCACAGCUAUGCAUGAGUUCAUUCUGAAGGGCAUCACUUCAUGCCCUGAGCUGCAGGCUCCACUGUUUGGGCUGUUCCUCAUCAUCUACAUGAGCACACUGGUGGGCAACUUGGGCAUGAUCAUCCUCACCAAGGUGGACCAGAGGCUACAAACACCCAUGUACUUUUUCCUGAGACACCUGGCUCUCAGUGACCUUGGUUAUUCUACAGCUGUGGGCCCCAAAAUGUUGGUGAAUUUUGUGGUGGAUCAAAAUACAAUUUCUUAUUAUUUAUGUGCUACCCAGCUAGCUUUCUUUUGUGUGUUCAUUACUUCUGAACUUUAUAUUUUGUCUGUGAUGGCCUAUGACUGCUAUGUGGCCAUCUGUAACCCUCUCCUCUACAUGGUCAUCAUGUCACAGAGCAUAUGUCAGUUCUUGGUGGCAGUCCCCUAUUUGUAUGGGAUCUUUUUGUCUCUUCUAGUCACCACAAAGAUUUUUACUUUACCCUUCUGUGACUACAAUGUCAUCAGUCAUUUCUACUGUGAUAGUCUCCCCUUGAUCUCUUUGCUUUGUUCAAACACACAUGAAAUUGAAGUGAUAAUUCUAAUCUUAGCAGCUUUUAAUUUGCUUUCCUCUCUUCUAAUUGUCCUCGUGUCCUACCUGCUCAUCCUCAUAACCAUUCUCAGAAUGAAGUCUGCUGAGGGCAGGCGCAAGGCUUUCUCCACCUGUGGAUCCCACCUGAUGGCACUCAUAGUAUUCUAUGGGACUUUGUUAUAUAUGUAUGUACAGCCAAAGUCCAGUCACUCUUUUGACACUGAUAAAAUGGCUUCCAUAUUUUACUCCCUUGUCAUCCCCAUGUUGAAUCCCUUGAUCUACAGCUUGAGAAACAAAGAUGUAAAGUAUGCCCUACUGAGCACAUGGAAAAAAAUAUGCAAUAUCUUUUCAUAA